GGAAUGUAAGCAUCCUUAAAUCAUAUCUCUCUAUACAAUUACUUCCUCUUCUUUUGUCGAGAAAGAUGUCAGACCCUUAUAUCAAUGCUGCACUUCGUUCAUCAAGAGAAUAUGAAGUGUAUUUCUUCGCCAAGAACAAGUAUGUGCGCUUGAAAUACACUCCCGGAGGAUAUGAUGAGAUUUUAACUAAUCUCACCUUGAUUAGUAGUGGUUUUCCAUCACUUGCAGGAACACCAUUUGCAGAACCUGGAAUAGACGCUUCCUUUGACACUGAAGCGAGUGAAGCAUACGUGUUCUCCGGCAACAUCUGUGCCUACAUAGACUAUGCUCCAGGUACACAUAAUGACAAGAUACUCGCAGGUCCUACCACUAUUGCUCAAAUGUUUCCUGUCCUCAGAAACACGGUGUUUGCGGAUGGCAUAGACUCUGCACUUAGAUCCACCAUAGGAAAAGAAGUUUACUUAUUCAAGGGCACUAAGUAUGUUCGCAUAGACUAUGAUUCCAAGCAGCUUGUUGGCAGCAUUCGCAACAUCGCUGAUGGCUUUCCUGUUCUGAAUGGUACCAUCUUUGAAAGUGGAAUCGAUGCGUGUUUUGCUUCUCAUAAGGAGUCUGAAGCUUACCUUUUCAAAGGAGACAAGUAUGUGCGUUUCAAAUUCAGCCCAGGUACAUAUGAUGACACUCUUAUCGGUGAUAUCAAGCUUAUCCUUGAUGGUUGGUCUGUUCUUAAUGGCAUUUUGCCUGUGAACUAAACAAGCCUUCAUUCUCGUGAGCCUCAUCUCAAUAAAUGGUGUUAUAAUAUGCUACGAAUAAGGCUUCCAUUGCCAAAGUUUGUUUCUUUCUCUUUAAUCUAACAUUGGGAUUGGAUGCCUGUUUCCUGUCCUAAUGUAACAUGUCUUAAUGUUUGUGUUUCGUUUCGAUGUUUGUUUCCUAUCACCGUGUGAUUUGUGCACUUGAUAAUAAAUAAAAGUUGUUGGUUUGAUUUAGUUUA